ACAGCAAGAUGGCUUCUAAAGCAGCAAUUGUCAUCCUAGUAGCAUUGGCUUACUUCCAAGGAAAUGAUGCUCGCAUCAUUUUGAACGAUCCGUCCAAGGUGAGCGAAUUGCAUACCGCAGUUCAACCACCAUCGACCGAAUUGUUGCCAGAAGUUAUGCCAUUGCCAUCUGAGCUUCCACCACAAACUCGCCCAUUGCCUCCAGCGAUCGAGGUCCUUCCAGCCCCACAAAGGCCAGAAGUUCGUCCAAUGCCAUUGCCUGUGCCACCACAUGGCGAAGUAAUGCCAGGACCAUCUUUCCCACAAAUCAUGCCAUUGCCAAUUGAAGUGAACCCACAGACUCGCCCAUUGCCGCCACCAAUCUCCGUUCUGCCAGCUCCAGGACAACCACAAACUCGUCCAUUGCCACCACCAAUUUCUGUUUUGCCAGCUCCAGGACAACCACAAACUCGUCCAUUGCCACCACCAAUUUCUGUUUUGCCAGCUCCAGGCGGUCCUCAGACUCGUCCAUUGCCACCACCAAUCUCCGUUCUGCCAGCUCCAGGACAACCACAAACUCGUCCAUUGCCACCACCAAUUUCUGUUUUGCCAGCUCCAGGACAACCAGAAACUCGUCCAUUGCCACCACCAAUCUCCGUUCUGCCUGCUCCAGAGCAAGGUUGCGAACAAGGCAUUGAACUUUUGCCAGCUCCAGUAGUUCCAGAAGUCCGUCCACUGCCUCUGCCACUUCCACCACAAGGUGAAAUUUUGCCGCUGCCAAGUUUCCCACAAGUCCAGCCAUUGCCAAUUGAGAAACCAGAAACCCGUCCAUUGCCGCCACCAAUCUCCGUUCUUCCAGCUCCAGGACAACCACAAACUCGUCCAUUGCCGCCACCAAUCUCCGUUCUUCCGGCUCCAGGACAACCAGAAACUCGUCCACUUCCACCACCAGCCGGAAUUCUUCCAGCUCCAAUUACACCACAAGUGAGACCAUGGCCAAUGCCCCAACCACCACAAGUCGAAGUAUUGCCAGGACCAACUUUCCCACAAGUCAGGCCUCUGCCAAUUGAAGUGAAUCCACAAACUCGUCCAUUGCCGCCACCAAUCUCCGUUCUCCCAGCCCCAGAAAGGCCACAAGUUCGUCCAUUGCCGUUGCCUCUGCCACCACAUGGCGAAGUAUUGCCACUGCCAAGUUUCCCACAAAUCAUGCCAUUGCCAAUUGAGAACCCACAAACUCGUCCAUUGCCACCACCAAUCUCCGUUCUUCCAGCUCCAGAAAGGCCACAACUUCGUCCAGAAGUUGUGCCAGAAGAUGAGCUUGGAUGCGACAAUAUCUUCAACCCAAUUCCCGGAGGUGUUGAGUCUUUGAGACCAGAACAAACAUUGGCUUAUUUCCAAGGAAAUGAUGCUCGCAUCAUUUUGAACGAUCCGUCCAAGGUGAGCGAAUUGCAUACCGCAGUUCAACCACCAUCGACCGAAUUGUUACCAGAAGUUAUGCCAUUGCCAUCUGAGCUUCCACCACAAACUCGUCCAUUGCCUCCAGCGAUCGAGGUCCUUCCAGCCCCACAAAGGCCAGAAGUUCGUCCAAUGCCAUUGCCUGUGCCUCCACAUGGCGAAGUAAUGCCAGGACCUCCAUUGCCGUUGCCUCUGCCACCACAUGGCGAAGUAUUGCCACUGCCAAGUUUCCCACAAAUCCAACCAUUGCCAAUUGAAGUGAACCCACAAACUCGUCCAUUGCCCCAGCAAUCUCCGUUCUUCCAGCCCCAAAAGGCCAAAGUUCGUCCAUUGCCAUUGCCUUGCCACCACAUGGCGAAACCAUGGCCAAUGCCCCAACCACCACAAGUCGAAGUAUUGCCAGGACCAACUUUCCCACAAGUCAUGCCUUUGCCAAUUGAAGUGAACCCACAAACUCGCCCAUUGCCGCCACCAAUCUCCGUUCUGCCAGCUCCAGAGAGGCCACAAGUUCGUCCAUUGCCAUUGCCUCUGCCACCACAUGGCGAAGUAUUGCCACUGCCAGUCCCACAAAUCCAACCAUUGCCAAUUGAAGUGAACCCACAAACUCGUCCAUUGCCGCCACCAAUCUCCGUUCUUCCAGCUCCAGGACAACCACAAACUCGUCCACUUCCACCACCAGCUGGUAUUCUUCCAGCCCCAGAAAGGCCACAAGUUCGUCCAUUGCCAUUGCCUCUGCCACCACAUGGCGAAGUAUUGCCAGGACCAUCUUUCCCACAAAUCAUGCCAUUGCCAAUUGAGAACCCACAAACACGUCCAUUGCCACCACCAAUCUCCGUUCUUCCAGCCCCAGAAAGGCCACAACUUCGUCCAGAAGUUGUGCCAGAAGAUGAGUAUGGUUGCGACAACAUCUUCCACCCAAUUCCCGGAGGAGUGGAAUCCCUGAGACCAGAACAAAGAUAUGGAGCUCGUAUCAUUUUGAACGACCCAUCCAAGGUGAGCGAACUGCACACCGCAAUUCAACCACCAUCGACUGAAUUGUUGCCAGAAGUACCGCGUCCAGAGGCUCUUCCAGCUCCAGUCUUCCCUGAAAUCAUGCCACUGCCAGCUGAACUUCUACCGCAAACUCGUCCAUUACCACCACCAAUCUCUGUUCUGCCAGCUCCAGAACAACCACAGACUCGUCCAUUGCCACCACCAAUUUCAGUUCUGCCAGCUCCAGAACAAGGUUGCGGAUCGGGCAUUGAGCUUCUGCCAGCUCCAGUCGUUCCGGAAGUGCGUCCAUUGCCUAUGCCUCUUCCACCACAAGGAGAAAUUUUGCCAGGACCAACUUUCCCACAAGUACAGCCUUUGCCAAUUGAGAAACCAGAAACCCGUCCAUUGCCUCCACCAAUCUCCGUUCUUCCGGCUCCAGAGAGGCCACAAACUCGUCCACUUCCACCACCAGCUGGAAUUCUUCCAGCCCCAAUUGUACCACAAGUCAGACCAUGGCCAAUGCCCCAACCACCACAAGUGGAAGUAUGGCCAUGGUCUCACUUGUGGUGCAAUUGGGGCUGGAAGAAUUCCGCUGGUGGUGGAAGUGGACGAGUUUGUGGUUGUCCUGGAGCUGGAAGAACGGAGAUUGGUGGGGCAAUGGACGAGUCUGUGGUUUCUGGAGCUGGAAGAACGGAGAUUGGUGGUGGCAAUGGGCGAGUCUGA